UCAGCCAUGUUACUAAAAUUAUACGGAAAUUUUGUGAAUAAUUUUCAACGAACAUAUAUUGUUAAUUUUUUCUCAUGGAAUACACGCCUCUUUUCGACAAUGAAAGAUUAUAUUUCACAGGAGAAAAAAAUUAAUAUUAAUGGAGUAAAUAUCAAUUACCUGAAAAUUGGAACUGGCCAUCCAGUUUUGCUUUUACCUGGUGUCGCAGGUACGAUUUGGACAGAUUUUAAACCACAAAUAGAGGGACUUGAUAAAGAAAAAUUCACUAUAAUAGCAUGGGAUCCUCCAGGUUAUGGAAAGUCAAGACCACCCGACAGGACAUAUCCGGAUGAUUUUUUUCAACGUGAUGCCACUUGGGCAUGUGAUUUAAUGAAAGCUUUAGGUUACACAAAAUUUUCAUUGAUAGGAUGGAGUGACGGUGGUAUUACUUCUUUAAUGCUUGCUUCAAUGUUUCCCGAUAAUGUACAAAAAAUAGUUGCUCUUGGUGCAAACGCUUAUGUAACACCAGAAGAAAAAGAAAUUUAUAAAAAAUACGAAAUUAUCGAUAAUUGGUCUGAAAAAAUGAAACAACCGCUAAUAAAAAUUUAUGGAAAAGAAUAUUUACAAAAGAUGUCAUUUGAUUGGGUAGAGUCUAUUUUAAGAAUUUGUGAGAAACAAAACGAUGAUUUGUGCAAAGAAUCGCUAAAGAAGAUUAAAUGUCCUAGUUUAAUCGUUCAAGGAAACAAAGAUCCGAUGGUACUCAUUGAACAUGCAAGUUACUUGAAAGAUCACAUUGUUGGAUCGAAGAUAAAGAUUUUCGAAAAAGGUGCACAUAAUUUACAUUUACGAUAUUCAGAAGAAUUCAAUAAUAUCGUUACCAAAUUUUUAAUUGAAUAAUUGAAAAUAUAUAAUAAAUCUCUUUCUAC